CAGCUUUGAUCCUCUGUACCAGAACUAGCAAGAAAUGUUGCGCUUCAGGAUGAGAAGUACAUAAAGUAUGUAGAAAGUCUGACCCACAUGUUACAGAGAUAUAAUAAACUACUGGCCAGUCUUGAUCAUGCUGAGAGUGUUUUGUUAGAGGAUCAUGUACGUGAACUGCGUCGUGUGAUCCGUCCUGGCGCUAAACGUCUCAACUGGAACUCUCUUGGUAUCAAAGAUUACUGCCAUAAAUGUGAACAGGCUAUAGCAAAGUUUGAAUCCCUAGUUAACCAGAUACAGAAGAAUGCGAAGGACAUAAAUCAGCGUCUGGUCAUGAUUGAGAAUGCCAAUCUCUUCAAAUCACCACCCCAGAAGUAUCCAGACACACUUCCAGGUUGUAAGGAAUAUUAUGAACAUAUUGAGAGAGAAAGGUCGAAAGACAGCGAGAUUCUUGCAAGGAAGUACAGAGCUAUCGGACCUCUGCUCACCAAGAUGGAAGGUCUAGUUGUUCAUACAAAUUCAGGAAAAUCCCCAAAAUUACACCAGUAUUACGCUCACUGGGAGAAGAAAGUGUAUGAGGCAUUGACAAAGCUGAUUCUCAAUAACCUGAAGAGAUUUGAGGUGGCUCUGAGAUCAGAGAAACCCCUAUUCCAGGUGGAGACACUUCUAGCAGCUCCAGAUGUUGUGCUGCAUCCUCAGGCAAAUGAAGUGUAUAAACUGACACUGCAGUGUGUCCGAGACUGUGUUGAAUGCACUAAGCUGUUUGUACGCUGGAUGAACGGUACAUGUAUAGAAUGUCAGCCACAGAAAGUUGAGGGUGAAGAUGAGCUGUACCAGUUCACAUUCUUUACUGAUAUUUCGGUGAACAGCGAGACAAUUGACACUGUGCAGACUAUACAUUACAACAUCAAAAAUACCCUGACCAACAUGCAGAGAUACCUGAACAGGUGGAAGAAAUACAGGAGCAUCUGGAAAGUUGAUAAGCAAGCUCUAGCAGACCGCUGGUUCCAGAAAGACCCAACAGUUGUAUCAUUUGACAACAAGCUGCAGUAUUACUUCAAAACAAUAGAUGAAGUAGAGACAAUACCAGUUGUAAAGGACCAGGAAUGUAUCAGACUAUACAUGCAGCCGCUCGCUUCAUCCGUCAAGGAACAUGCCAAACAGUGGAUAGGAUGUCUUGGUAAACUGUUGAGAGACUCAGCAAAGGACAAUCUCUUCCAGCUCAAUGAUAAUCUUGAUAAUAAAUCUGACGACCUUGAGCAGACACCAAGCACUCUGGAGGACUUGAAGUUUGUGUUGACCACAAUAUCUGACAUUAAAGCCAUAUCUCUUGAGGUAGAAGACAAGAUCAGGGACAUACAGGAGAGAUAUAGGACCCUGUCUAUGUAUGAUAUUGAGGUGACAGAACAAGAGAAAGAGCUACAGUGGAAGAUGCCACAGAUCUGGGAAGAUCUUGUCUGGAAAUCCAAGAAUGUUGAUGCCAGUCUUUUUGCUGUCAAGAAAAAGUUCAAGGAGAUUACACAAGAGCAAAUAAAGGGUUUCAGUGAGGAGUUGAAGGAAUUUUCUGACAGAUUCUACCUGGAGGGACCUGGUGCUGUUGGUUCUAAUUUGGAUAAAGGUGUUGAGCUGAUGAAAGCUUACCGUGUUGAGGUGAACAAGUAUGAGGCAGAACGACAGGAACUUGCAAACGCUGAGAAACUGUUUGAUCUACCAAUCACUAUGUACCCUGACCUUCAGCAAGUCCAGAAACAGAUGAAAGGUCUAGAGAUGAUCUAUGCCCUCUACGAGGAACAACAGGCUGCUAGAGAGUCUUGGUCCGAGACAUUGUGGGCCAACUUGAACAUCCAGAUUCUGCAAGAUGGUAUUGAAACAUUCCUGAAGAACUUACGUAAGAUGCCACGAGAAGUGAAGCAGAUGGCAGUAGCACGUUCACUGGAAGAGAAAAUGAAGGAAUUCAGGGACUCAUUGCCCCUGUUUGUGGACCUCAAGCAUGAGGCUCUUAGAGACAGACAUUGGAAGGAGUUGAUGACAAAGACCGGACAGAAGUUUGACAUCAACCCAGAGACAUUCACCCUAGCCAACAUCUUUGCUAUGGAGUUACAGAGGUACCAUGAAACUAUUGGAGAAAUUGUCACCAUGGCCAGCAAGGAAAUGGGAAUAGAAAAGGGAGUGAAAGAGAUUGAGGAGACCUGGAACAGCAUGAAAUUCACUGUUGUACCUUACAUGAAAGGGACGUCACACCGUGGUUUCAUCCUCGGAGCCAUUGAUGAGAUUGUUCAGAGUUUGGAUGACAGUUCGAUGAACCUGCAGAGUAUGUCAGCAUCGAGAUUUAUUGGUCCCUUCCUGAAUAGUGUACAGAACUGGGAGAAAAGUCUGUCACAUAUCUCCGAAGUCCUUGAUGUAUGGAUGGUUGUACAGAGAAAGUGGAUGUAUCUGGAAGGUAUAUUUAUUGGAGGAGAUAUCAGAUCACAGCUACCAGAGGAGGCCAAGAAGUUUGACCAGAUUGACAAAACAUUCAAAAAGAUAAUGAAUGACACACAUAAAGUACCAACCAUCAAGCUGUCGUGUCACGCCCAGAAUCGUCUACAGGAUCUUGAGGCACUAAGCAUGGGGCUGGAGAAAUGUCAGAAAUCUCUGAACGAUUACCUUGACUCAAAGAGAAAUGCCUUCCCAAGAUUCUUCUUUAUUUCCGACGAUGAAUUGCUCAGUAUUCUGGGUAGUAGUGAUCCCGAAUGUGUACAGGAACAUAUGAUAAAGAUGUUUGACAACAUUGCUGCGCUCAGAUUCAGUAAGGGUAACAACAAUGAAAUACUGGCAACUGCUAUGAUAUCUGCCGAGGGUGAGGUGAUGGAUUUUGCCACUCACGUACCAGCCGAGGGUCGAGUUGAGGACUGGAUGACCAGCAUGCUGGAGGAGAUGAGGGCAACAAACAGACUGAUUACCAAGGAGGCUAUAUUCUACUACUGUGAAAACAAAGAAAGAGUUGAAUGGAUGAUGGGGUACCAGGGCAUGGUCUGUCUAGCUGGGAACCAGGUAUGGUGGACCUGGGAGGUAGAAGAUGUCUUUACCAAAGUGAAGAAGGGACAGAAAACAGCGCUUAAGGAUUAUGCGAAGAAACUACAUGGUCAAAUUGAUGAGCUUGUAAUAACUAUUCGUUCACCAUUAUCAAAGAAUGAUAGAUCCAAGUUCAACUCUGUACUUAUCAUAGAUGUACAUGCUCGAGAUAUUAUUGACAGUUUUGUCAGAGACAGUAUCAUGGAUGCCAAUGAGUUUGAAUGGGAAUCACAGCUCAGAUUUUACUGGGUAAAAGAGCCAGAUGAGCUGAUUGUACGUCAGUGUACUGGAGAGUUUGGUUACGGUUAUGAGUACAUGGGUCUCAAUGGACGUCUCGUCAUCACUCCACUGACGGAUAGAAUCUACCUGACACUUACACAGGCCUUGUCGAUGCAGCUUGGAGGAGCCCCUGCAGGACCGGCUGGUACAGGUAAAACAGAGACUGUGAAGGAUCUCGCCAAGGCCCUUGGUCUGCUCUGUGUCGUUACCAACUGUGGAGAGGGUAUGGACUACAAGGCUGUGGGUAAGAUCUACUCGGGAUUGUGUCAGUGUGGCGCCUGGGGAUGUUUUGAUGAGUUCAACCGUAUUGAUGUCUCUGUGUUGUCCGUCAUCUCCACUCAGCUAAAGACAAUUCAGAAUGCUCUAAUCCUUAAACUGAAGAGGUUUCAUUUUGAAGGUGUUGAAAUCAACAUAGAUCUUAGAGUUGGUAUUUUCAUCACCAUGAACCCUGGUUACGCUGGUCGUACAGAACUACCAGAGUCUGUGAAGGCACUGUUCCGUCCUGUAGUGGUAAUCGUACCAGAUCUACAACAAAUCUGUGAAAUCAUGUUGUUCUCCGAAGGUUUCCUGCUUGCAAAGGUAUUAGCAAAGAAGAUGACAGUAUUGUAUAAACUGGCCAAGGAGCAGUUGUCUAAACAAUACCAUUAUGACUUCGGGUUGAGAGCUCUCAAAUCUGUGCUUGUGAUGGCUGGAGAGUUGAAGAGAGGUGCCCCGGAACUCCACGAGGAUGUUGUACUGAUGAGAGCUUUAAGAGAUAUGAACCUGCCCAAGUUCGUGUUUGAGGAUGUACCACUCUUCCUGGGUCUGAUCGGUGACUUGUUCCCAGGCCUUGACUGUCCCCGUGUCCGGUAUCCCAACUUUAACGAUGCAGUGGAAGCCAUCUUGGAAGAAAAUGGAUAUGUUAUGUUGCCAGUACAGGUUGAUAAAGUUGUACAGAUGUACGAGACAAUGAUGACACGUCACACCACUAUGAUAGUGGGUCCGACAGGAGGAGGAAAAUCUGUCGUCAUUAACACACUAGCUCAGGCACAAACAAGAUUGGGAACCCAUACGAAGUUAUACACAAUUAAUCCAAAAGACCGAAGUGUGAUAGAAUUAUAUGGUAUCCUUGACCCUAUUACUCGUGACUGGACAGACGGUCUGCUGUCAAACAUCUUCCGUGAAAUCAACAAACCAACAGACAAGAAUGAGAAGAAGUACAUUGUAUAUGACGGUGAUGUUGAUGCAUUGUGGGUAGAGAACAUGAACUCUGUCAUGGAUGACAACCGUCUGAUGACACUGGCUAAUGGUGAGAGAAUCCGUCUGCAGAAACACUGUGCUAUGUUGUUUGAGGUGUUUGAUUUACAAUAUGCAUCUCCAGCUACUGUGUCUCGCUGUGGUAUGGUAUAUGUGGACCCCAAGAAUCUUGGGUAUGCACCAUACUGGACCAAAUGGCAAAACACUCGCACUGCUAAAGUUGAAAAAGACAAUCUGCAGAGACUAUAUGAUAAAUAUGUUCCAACCUUGGUAGACAUGGUGAUUGAAGGGGUUGUUGAUGGACGUCAAGGAGAAAAGAUGAAAACUAUUAUCCCUCUCACAAAUCUCAACCUUGUAACACAACUGUCCAAAAUGUUGGAUGCGAUCCUCGUCAAGGAGCUGCAAGAAGCAGAUGAGCUUGAGGCUGUGUUUAUACAGUCUCUGAUCUGGUCUGUAGGUGCCGGACUGCUGGAGGAGGGCAGAAUCAAGUUUGAUGCUCAAGUGAAAACAUUGGCAGCAAUGUCAAAUAUCACAGAUGAUGAAAAGAAUUUUGCUGGACUUGGUGAACUUCCUACAGCACAGCCAACUCUGUAUGAAUAUUUCUGGGACUUAGAACAGAAGAAAUGGGUGCCAUGGGCAAAACUUGUACCCAAAUAUGUGCAUAACCCUGGAAAGAAGUACAAUGAAAUCCUUGUACCAACUGUUGACACUGUGAGAACCACUUGGAUUCUUAAUCUCAUGAUUAAAAUCAAACGUCCAGUCGUACUGAUAGGUGAGACAGGUACAUCGAAGACAGCCACCAUUGCAGAUUUCCUACGUACCAUAGACCAGGAAUCACAUUUGUUGUUGAACAUGAAUUUCUCCAGUAGAACAACGUCGCUGGAUGUGCAGCGUAACCUCGAGGCUAACGUGGAAAAGAGAACAAAGGACACUUACGGUCCACCGCCUGGCAAACGUCUCCUCAUCUUUGUAGAUGAUAUGAACAUGCCUCAGGUUGACACAUAUGGAACACAACAACCUAUUGCAUUGUUGAAACUGUUGUUGGAAAGGGGAGGUUGCUAUGAUAGAGGUAAAGAUCUGAACUGGAAAAACAUGCGUGAUAUCGGCUAUCUCGCCGCCAUGGGUAAAGCUGGAGGUGGAAGGAACGAGACAGAUCCCAGAUUUGUAUCAUUGUUCUGUGUAUUCAACAUGACGUUCCCAUCAGAUGAAUCUCUGUUCAAGAUAUAUAACUCUAUCUUGUCAGGCCAUGCCCAGGCUCUCUCACCAGAUAUACAGGGAACUGUUUCAACCAUAACAAGAAUGACAAUGGCUCUAUACAGCAAAAUUAUCAAAGACUUGCCUCCAACACCAUCCAAGUUUCACUACAUCUUUAACUUGCGGGACUUAUCUCGUAUCUAUCAUGGAAUGUGCCUGACCACCUCAGAUAGGUUUACCAAAGUUGAACAGUUCUUGCGAGUGUGGAGGAACGAGUGUCUUCGUGUCAUCAGUGACAGACUCAUCAGUGAUACUGACAAAAUCUAUCUCAAUGACCAGCUGAAGGAGCUAUUAGAUGACAAUUUCAAGACACACACAGAGUUUGCGAUGCGAAACCCGUGCCUGUUUGGUGAUUUCCGUACUGCCUUGGAGGAGAGUGAACCAAGAUUGUAUGAAGAUAUACAAGAUUAUGAUGCUGCCAAAGCUUUAUUCCAGGAAAUUGCUGAGGAAUACAAUGAAAGUCAUACUGCCAUGAAUCUUGUGUUAUUUGAUGAUGCUUUAGAACAUUUAACACGCAUAUGUCGUGUAAUCCGUAUGGACCAGGGCCACGCCUUGCUUGUUGGUGUGGGCGGUAGUGGAAAACAGAGUUUGUGUAAACUGGCAUCAUUCACCUCUGGAUGUGAAGUGUUUGAGAUCCAACUGAGCAGAGGAUACAGUGAACAAUCAUUUAGGGAUGACUUGAAGAUUCUGUAUAACAAACUUGGAACGGAAAAUAAGAAAAUGGUGUUCCUGUUUACAGAUCAACAUGUCGCCGAAGAAGGAUUUUUGGAGAACAUCAAUAACAUGUUGACGUCUGGUAUGGUACCUGCACUGUAUCCUGAUGAUGAAAAAGAACAAAUUAUUGGAUCUAUCCGUCAGGAAGCAAUGAAUGCAGGAUCUGGUCAUGCACGUGAGAGUAUCUGGCAGUAUUUCGUUACCAAGUGUUCUAACAACCUACAUAUUGUACUUGCCAUGUCACCUGUUGGAGAUGCUCUCAGGACUCGCUGUAGAAACUUCCCAGGUAUGGUAAACUGUGCUAACAUUGACUGGUUUUUCCCGUGGCCAGAACAGGCUCUCUAUGCUGUAGCUAGUGUCUUCAUUUCACCAGAUAAUCCUCUGAUCGCUGAUGACAUGCGUGACCAUGUUGUUGAACACAUUGUCCUCGUACAUUCAAGUGUUGGAGACUACAGUAAGCUGUUUGCACAACGGCUCAGGAGGAGUAACUAUGUGACACCUAAAAACUACUUGGACUUUAUCAAUACAUACUUGAAACUUCUUCAAGAUAAGGACAAUUUCAUACAAGCACAGUGUGAUCGUCUGGCUGGAGGGUUACAGAAGAUUGCUGAAGCUAGUGAACAGCUUGCCAUCCUCAACGAGAAACUUGCCGUACAGAAAGUGGCAGUCACAGAGAAGACUGCCGCUUGUGAGGAACUGCUUAAGGUUAUUGCAUCUGGUACCAAACGUGCCACAGAGAAAAAGAAGUUGGCUGAGGCAAAGGGAAAAGAAAUUGCUGAAUCUAGCAAGAUCAUUGAAGUGGAAAAGAAAGAUGCAGAGGAAGCCCUCGCAGCGGCCCUUCCUGCACUGGAAGCUGCCAGGCUGGCUCUUGAUGACCUCGAUAAAUCUGAUGUCACUGAAAUUAGAUCAUUUGCCAAGCCCCCAAAAGCUGUGCAGACAGUGUGUGAAUGUGUUGUCAUUCUGAGAGGCAUACGUGAAGUUUCAUGGAAAUCUGCCAAGGCCAUGAUGGCUGAGGCAAACUUCUUGGCAGCCUUGAAAAAAAUGGAUGUAGACAGUAUCACACAAAAACAGACUGGAGCUACAAAAACCUUACUGAAGGAGAUAGAUAUCAGUAUAGAUGAGAUGAAGGCAGUCAGUAGAGCUGGUGCAGGUCUACUUAAGUUUGUUGACGCUGUUCUUGGUUAUUGUUCGGUGGCAAGAGAAAUCAAACCUAAACGAGAAAAGGUGGCAAAACUUGAGAGGAACUUCUUCCAAGCAAAGAGAGAUUUGGAUAAGAUCACGAAUGAAGUAAACUCUCUUGAGAAAGAACUAGCAGAUCUCAGUGUGAAAUAUGAGGAAGCCAUGGCAGAACAGAAGAAAUUAUCAGAUGAGGCAGCCAUUAUGGAACGUCGUUUAAUCGCUGCUGACAAACUUAUCUCUGGUCUCGGCUCAGAGAACAUCAGGUGGAAUAAUGACUUAGAGGACUUAAAGAAGAAGCGUGUACGAUUGCUAGGAGACUGUCUGAUUGGUUCAGCUUUUCUCAGUUACGUGGGAGCAUUUAGCUGGGAGUUCCGUAAUGAUCUGGUUCACAAGGAGUGGUUGAAGAACCUCCUGGACAAACAAGUCCCGCUUAGUGACCCCUUCAGACUGGAAGAUCUGCUGACAAAUGAUGUAGAAAUUAGCAAAUGGACAUCAGAAAAUCUUCCACCAGAUGAGCUGUCUAUACAGAAUGGUAUGCUUACAACCCGAGCCAGUAGAUUCCCUCUGUGUAUAGAUCCACAACAACAAGCACUCAACUGGAUCAAGAAGAAAGAAGAGGCCAACAAUCUCAAAGUAUGCACCUUCAAUGACCCAGACUUCUUGAAGCAGCUAGAGUUGGCUAUCAAAUACGGUUUCCCAUUCCUCUUUAAAGACGUAGAUGAAUACAUAGAUCCUGUCAUUGACAAUGUACUGGAAAAGAAUAUUAAAGGUGGUCAAGGUCGUGAGUUUGUUGUCCUCGGUGACAAGGAGGUGGACUAUGAUCCUAACUUUCGUUUGUACCUCAACACGAAACUGGCAAACCCAAAAUAUUCUCCCAACGUGUUUGGUAAAUCCAUGGUCAUCAACUACACUGUAACACUGAAGGGUUUAGAGGACCAGUUGCUGAGUGUUAUUGUGAAGUUUGAAAGACGAGAGCUGGAGGAGCAACGUGAACGUCUCAUCCAGGAGACCAGUAUGAACAAAAAGCUUCUGAAAGACCUUGAGGAUUCACUGCUUCGAGAGUUGGCACAGUCCCAGGGUAACAUGUUAGAUAACACAGAACUUAUCCAGACACUGGAGGAGACAAAGACCAAAGCUACAGAGGUAUCAGAGAAGUUGAAGCUGGGAGCCAAAACAGCCCAGGAUAUUGAUAAACUGAGAGAUGGGUACCGUCCUGCAGCUAGGAGAGGAGCCAUCUUGUUUUUCGUGUUGGCAGACCUGUCGUCUAUCAACAGCAUGUACCAGUACUCCCUGUCUUCAUACCUCGAGGUGUUUGAGUUCUCACUAAAGAAGAGUAUGCCAGAUACAAUCCUCCAGAAACGAUUGAAGAAUAUAAUGGAAACAUUGACACAUAAUGUAUAUGACUACGGUUGUACAGGUAUAUUUGAGAAACAUAAGCUGCUGUUUUCAUUCCAAAUCUGUAUCAAGUUAGAACAAGAUCUCCAACAUGUACAACAAGAGGAACUCGACUUCUUCAUCAAGGGUAAUAUUGCAUUAGAGAAGAGCAGACGCAAGAAACCAUUUGGCUGGUUCCCAGAGGAGGGCUGGGAAGAUGUGAUCCGAUUGGCUGAGGUGUUCCCAGAUAAAUUUGGUUCCCUGCUUGAAGAUAUUGAAAAGAAUGAGAAGGCUUGGAAGAGGUGGUAUGACCAUGACACUCCGGAAUCUCAACCAUUCCCAUUGAAGUACCAAGACGGUCUUCAAGGAUUCCAGCGCCUCAUGUUACUCCGGUGCUUCCGUGUGGAUCGUAUAUACAGAGCCAUCACAGAGUAUGUUACCAAGUGCAUGGGUGAGAAAUAUGUUACCCCACCCAUCAUCAGUUAUGAAGCUAUAUAUGAGCAGAGCACUCCGAUGUCACCGAUCGUGUUUAUCCUCAGUCCAGGUUCCGAUCCAGCCAGUGAUCUCAUGAAGCUUGCAGAAAGAAUUGAAUUUGGAAGCAACAAGAUCAAGUUCUUGUCUAUGGGUCAAGGUCAAGAAAAGGUUGCCUUGCAACUGCUGGAGACAGCAAUAUCUCGUGGUCAGUGGUUGAUGUUACAAAACUGUCACUUGUUGGUCAAGUGGUUACGAGACUUGGAGAAACAGCUAGAGAAGUUGACUAAGCCUCAUCCAGACUUCAGACUCUGGCUGACCACAGAACCAAUUCUUGCUUUCCCUAUAGGUAUCCUGCAGAGAUCUCUCAAGGUUGUCACAGAACCUCCUAAUGGAUUGAAGCUGAACUUACGUAACACAUACCACAAAAUUUCCAACACCGCACUGUCGGAGUGCCCCAACCAGGCAUUCCCAUCUCUCAUAUUCGUGCUCGCAUUCUUCCAUGCUGUGGUACAAGAGAGAAGGAAGUAUGGCAAGAUUGGCUGGAAUAUUUCAUAUGACUUUAAUGAAUCAGACUUCUCAGUGUGUAUGGAGAUAUUGAAGACAUAUCUGCAAAAAUCAUUCGACCUCGGUGAGACUAAAAUACCUUGGAACAGUUUGAAAUACCUGAUUGGUGAGGUUAUGUAUGGAGGUCGUGCCAUUGACAACUUUGAUCGUCGUGUACUGAACACCUACAUGAAUGAAUACAUGGGAGACUUCAUCUUUGACACAUUCCAACCUUUCCACUUCUAUCAUAAUGAAGAGGUUGAUUACAGGAUCCCAGAGGACGGUCCUCGAGAUAACUAUACUGAUUACAUAGAAGAGUUGCCACUAGCUAACACUCCCGAGGUGUUUGGCCUGCACCCUAAUGCUGAGAUUGGGUAUUACACUCAGGCUGCCAGGGACAUGUGGCUACACUUAGUGGAACUACAACCACAGACAGGUGAGAGUUCAUCUGGCAUAAGUCGUGAAGACUUUAUUGAGAAAAUUGCCAGCGAUGUGGAAGGUAAAAUUCCUGAAGAGUUUGAACUGGACAAGAUUCGUAAGAGAUUUGGAGUUGAGAUCUCACCCACAACAGUUGUGUUGUUGCAGGAGCUCGAGAGAUGGAAUGCUUUGGUGAACAGGAUGAAAAAAUCAUUGGUUACACUGAAGAGGGCUUUGGCUGGUGAGGUGGGUAUGUCCAGUGAGUUGGAUGAUGUAGCAAGGUCACUGUUCAAUGGUCAGAUUCCAGCAAUUUGGCGCAGACUCGCACCAGAGACCCUGAAGUCACUUGGCAACUGGAUCAUCCACUUUGAGCAUAGAUAUAAACAGUAUAAUGGCUGGGUGAAUGAAGGGGAACCAGCAGUCAUGUGGCUGUCCGGCCUUCAUAUCCCAGAAUCCUACUUAACUGCUCUUGUACAAGCCACGUGCAGGAAGAACGGCUGGCCUCUGGACAAAUCUACUCUGUACACCUCCGUCACAAAAUGGACACAACCUGAUGAGGUCACUGAAAAAGCACAUCAAGGCCUGGGUAACAUCAUGUCAGGUGAUACUAGUAGCUUUGCCAACAUGAAAGGUUGCUUUGUACAUGGUCUGUAUCUAGAGGGUGCCGGCUGGGAUCGAGAUGAGAUGUGCCUCGUUAAACAAAAGCCCAAACAGUUGAUACAAGAGUUACCCAUCCUGAAGAUUAUACCCAUAGAAGCCCACAGGCUUAAACUGCAGAAUACAUUUCGUACUCCAGUGUAUGUUACAUCACAGAGACGUAAUGCUAUGGGAGUUGGUCUGGUAUUUGAGGCUGACCUGGCCACAACAGAGCACAUCAGUCACUGGGUACUACAGGGUGUCUGUCUCACACUCAAUACAGACUAGAUCUACAGUUCAAAUAAAGAAUGACAAUUUCAGAAACUGUUCAGUCUAAAACGUUAUAUUGUGCAUUAAAGUGAAUGGGAAUUGUGAAAAACAUUCUGUGACCGGUUUUAUCCACACUUCACUAUUUUGUAUUGCUUAUAGACGCAUUUUCUUUAAUACAUUCGUCUGGUUUAGAGCUCAAAAUAUCUUCAAGAGUAACAUAUUGGUUGUUAAAGUAUUGUUUUGAUAUAACAAAAUGAAUUUUCAUAAGAGUUAUAUGUGAUAUUUGGUUUGUUCUUUUCUAUGUUCCAUACCGUAAUAUAUUCCUUAAAGGUCCUAUUUACUGCUUAUCCUUUGAUUAUAGAUCUCCAUAAGUCUGUGAUACUUUAAAAUGCUAUUUAUUAAAUAUUUAUGGUUUUGAAAUAAUUUGUUUACAUACAGUAUCUAUUUUUGCCAAAAUGUUGGAUAUGAAAUUUUAUGAUAUCUAGAAUUCAUUGCAUUUUGUUGUGGGCUUUAUUUUGUAACAGUUAAAAAAAAAACAUUUUUAUUGUGUUAAAGCCCUCUAUGCUUCAGUGGUAUCUCUGUAUGAUUUUUUUUUUAUGUGUACUUUAAUAAAUUUUGUAAAUGAGUGCAACAUUUCGUCCAUAGUUUUGAGAUUGUUUAGAAACUUUAUUUUAAAUAAAUAAAAUUUAUUGUUUACUUGAAAAAGGGGCAAAAUAUGAAUGAUUGCAUCAAAGUAUUAUGAUAUGUUUGUUUAAAAGAAUUAAUGCUGUUUAAAAGUUAAAAUUUAUUCUAUUAUAAUUCUGAAAUGUGAUAUCCACGUUUCGUCCAUACAAAGUUGUAAGAUGAUCUGAAAUAUGAUGUCCACAUUCUGUCUUUACAAAGUUCUACAAUAAUGCUGAAAUGUGAUAUCCACAUUCUGUCCAUUUAAUGUUAUACAGUAACAGUAAUUCUGAACUGUGAUAUCCACAUUCUGUCCAUACAAAGUUCUACAAUAAUUGUGAACUUGAUAUCCACAUUCUGUCCAUACAAAGUUCUACAAUAAUUCUGAACUGUGAUAUCCACAUUCUGUCCAUACAAAGUUAUGAAAUAAUUUUGAAUUAUGAUAUCCACAUUCUGUAUUUACAAAAGUUCUACAAUAAUGCCACAUUCCGUCCAUGCAAAGUAUUUAUUUUGUAACAAAAUUUUCUGUACUUGUGAUAAUUAUUUGUUUUGAAAUGUUGUUUUAAUUAGCACAGGUAUGUCAGUUUUGUUUAUUAUAUACAUUGAUGAAUAAAAUUAAGUAACAAUGUUUAAUCACUUUACCGUGUAUCAGUAUUGAUAAAGUUAUUAUUUUCUGUUUUAAGGAAUAAAUUCUCAAUUCCGUCUAAAUUGUUUUGUUCAAGUUGUCUUAAUGUGAAAGAAUAAAAAAUAGAAACAUCAGAA